GUCGUUGUCAUGGUCACAAACGUGGUCGAGAGUGGCCGAACCAAGUGUGAUCAGUACUGGCCGGAUGCUGGUCAGAGCCUGUCCUUCCCUGCCGAUGGCACGGGCCCAGGUGCCACUGUGACCAACGUGGAAGAGUCAACGGCAUCUGCUUGGGUGAAGCGCGUCUUCACCAUCUCGGUCGCCAAUCAACCAGGCCUAGACAUGACUGUGACGCAACUCCACUAUAUCGCCUGGCCCGACCGCGGCGUGCCGCGCACUGUCGUUAGCUUUCUCAACUUCUUACACCUUGCCAUGGCCACUCAAAACGCCGCGCAUGCUCAAGCCAAAAAGCAGGGUGAAAAGUUUGCGCCGCCCUUGGUGGUACACUGCAGCGCUGGGGUCGGGCGUACCGGCGUCUUCAUCCUCAUCUACUCAGUUCUCACAUACCUGCCCUAUGUUGACAAGGGUGGGAAGCACACGAUUGACGUGCUUGCAACCGUGCGUCGCAUGCGUACCUUCCGACGAUACCUCGUGCAAACGCAAGAGCAGUACGAGUUUUGCUAUUCAACCAUCCUU